UGUACUCAUAGAAAUUAGGGCAGCUCUGUUUUCUCUGUUUCUCUGAAGAUCGCAAGUGAUUCUCCUCUACGUUGACUCACUAAGUUUCUGUUUCCGACUCACUUCACCAAGUUUCGAACUCGUUCGCCCAGCUUAACCUAAUUCGUGUCACAUGCCUAUGAAAAACGGGUUCGAGGUGUUUGACUUCAAGGAGGAAGACGAGAUUUCGGAAUUGGCCGCUGAAAAAUAUUUGAACAAAUUGAAAAACCCUAAUCUCGAUGACCCCGCAACUCUGAAAUACCAGUUUCUUGAAUGCGUUGCCCGUGGUGCUGAUGUUCAGAGAAAGGAAAUGGACAAUGUUUCUUGUGUAGAUGUUGAUGCAAUUGAUGGUGAUUGUAGUUGUAAUGGUGCUACUCCAGCUGCCCCACUGGGUGCUGGUGAAAAGGAUUUUGUCACAAAGGAAGGAAAUCAUGAGCCAGAUGUUUCCCCAGAGUCAAAGUCUAUGCAUUCUGAACAACAAGCAGGCUUAGAAAAAGAUAGCCAUGAACCUAGAAGUAUAUGUCCUGAAUUGGAGUUGAGAGAUUCAUGUGCUGAAGCACCUUCACCUGGAAAAGGCCAAUUAAACUGUGCACUUUCUAAUUCUCCAUUAAGUAAUGAGCCAGUUGAUCUGGCUUCAGAUGCUAAUGAAAGCAUGAGUGAAAGGUCUCCAGCAACUCCUGCUUCAGAUGUAGCUGAGGAUGAUGUUUCUUUGAAUGACAACGUGUCAGAUCAUUGCUUUGGCAAUAUCCUGGUGGAUAACAUAAACAAGACAGUUGUUCUGUGUUCAGAUUAUGUUCUAUAUCAAGAUAAUUAUUAUACAGAAGCGUCAGUAAUUUUUUCUCCUGGUGGCAUCAAAAUCAAUGGCACAAUUGUCAGUGAACGCCAAGGGACCUUUAGUUUUGAAAGGGGAAUUGAUGAUAUUAUUAAUAUUAACUGUCAGUUGUUUCAAAGGGUUGGAUCUGUGACAGUCACUCUCAAAGUCCUAUCAAAGGUUGCGCUAGAGGCUGAGAAUGCAUGUGGAACUUCGGUCAUUGAGGAGUUAGAGUUUGCGGUUAUUGACCCCAGAUGGUCUGAGAAGCAGGAAGAAAUCACCUCAUUAAAUGUUAAAUUCCUGGCCAUAUGGGAUAUUGUGCUUGAUCCAUUGACAGGAAUGGAUGGAGAUGAUUCAUUCGUACAAAAGUCUUAUUUUCCUAAUUUUGAUGAGCCUUUUGAGGAGGUUGUAUAUCCAAAAGGUGAUAUUGAUGCAGUUUCCAUUAGCAAGAGAGAUGUUGAUCUGUUACAGCCAGAGACAUUCAUCAAUGAUACGAUCAUUGACUUCUACAUCAAGUAUCUGAAGAAUCAGAUUCAACCUGAGGAAAGGCAGAGAUUUCAUUUUUUUAACAGCUUUUUCUUUCGGAAGCUUGCUGAUCUUGACAAAGACCCAUCCAGUAUUUCAGAUGGCAGGGCUGCUUUUCUGCGUGUUCAUAAAUGGACAAGGAAGUUGGAUAUGUUUGGAAAAGAUUACAUCUUUAUUCCUGUAAAUUUCAAUCUCCAUUGGAGUUUGAUAGUCAUAUGUCAUCCUGGUGAAGUGGCUGGUUUUGAAGAUGAAGACUUGAACAAGUCAUCCAAAGUGCCAUGCAUAUUGCAUAUGGAUUCUAUCAAAGGAAGUCAUGCAGGUCUCAAAAAUCUUGUCCAAAGUUAUCUUUGGGAAGAGUGGAAAGAGAGGCACAAGGAGACAUCUGAAGAUCUUUCUUCAAAAUUCUUGAAUCUGCGGUUUGUCUCACUCGAGCUUCCACAGCAGGAGAAUUCAUUUGAUUGCGGCUUGUUCUUACUCCACUAUCUGGAGCUCUUUUUAGCUGAAGCUCCUCCUAACUUCAAUCCAUUCAAAAUAACCAAGUUCUCUAACUUUCUUAAUUUGGGUUGGUUUCCACCUAUUGAAGCAUCUCUAAAGCGCACUCUCAUCCAGAAGUUAGUUUUUGAACUCCUAGAAAAUCAUUCUCAGGAAAUCAACUCAUCUGAUUGCAGUGAUGAACAUCAUUCCUCUAAAUUUCCUGAAAAGAUUGAAAAUGAAACCGGUGUGGAGUUUAUCACAGAGAGUUUCAGACCAGAAGUAGCUUGUGAUGCGAAUUUAGAUUCCCAAGCUGGCCAAGGAAUUGAAAUAACUCUGUUAUCAUCAUCUUCUUUGAGAAAUAUGGAAAGUGUUAAUGAUUCUGGCUUGGUUCUUCAGGAGUUAUUUGAGCCAGGAGUUACAACAGGAUCUUUGCUUGGACAAUUUCGAUCUUUUGACCAGCAGCCGUCAUAUUACAAUCUGAAUGGGGCUAUAUCACCAAGAGAGCAAGAAGAUGUGCAAACUGGUCAACAGUUUGUUUAUAUAGCUUCUGGAGAAAACAGUUUUCCACAGUUUGCUGGAAUCACACCUCAAGCCUGUGAAGUUCCAUAUUCAUCAAGAGGUUUUGUCAUGGGCAGUUCAUGGAAUCCUGGAAUUACCAUGCAAGGAGAUCAUGAAGUUGACACAUCGCUUGAAACAUCUUGUGCCUCUGAUGCUGAUGACGAUGAUGAUGUUGGGAUCAUUGAAAACAACACCAUUGAGGAUAAUGUAUAUCCAAGUAAAAAACAAGAAACAGAUCAGCAACGAUCUCAGUUAGUGGAAAAUGUUGAGCAUCCGAAGAUAGGAUUCACUCCUGCCUCCCGUGAGGUGCUGGAGACUUCUACAAGUGAAGUUUCUGAAGCUUCUGAAGACACUGAUAAGAUUUACCAUAGCGCUGAGGAUGCAUACCUUCCCUCCAAAGAUAAUCUGCCUGUAUCGAUGCAUCAAAAUCCUGGUGUGGCAGUUAACCAGUUGGAUCAGGAUUCUGAACUGGUUGAAAAGAAUGCUGAAAUGGUUGAACCCAAGGAGGCUGGAGGUGAUGAUGUGCAAAUAAUUGGUGAUGCCAUAGGUGAUGACCUUCCAUCCGAAGAUAAUUUAACUGUAUUGUCACAUCAGAGUCCUGGUAUGGUGACGAACCAGUUGGAUCAGGAUUCUGAUAUGGUUGAAAAGAACACUGAAACGGUUGAAAACACGGAAGCCAGAGGUGAUGAUGUGCAAAGGAAUGGUGAUGACCUUCUGUCUGAAGAUAAUUCAACCGUAUUAUUGAAUCAAAAUUCUGGUAUGGCUGUGAACCAUUUGGAUCAGGAUUCUGAACUGGUUGAGAACAAGGAUGCUGUUGGUGAUGAUCUGUCUGCAGAAUUAGCCGAACAACCAGCUGCAAAGAGGAUGCGGCUUAUGACUUCCCUUGAGGAGAAAGUGGACUCAUAGGAAGCCUUUCGGAGGGACAUUUGUUUGUAAGUAGGACAGAAUGGAUUUUGUCUUCCACCUUAUAUUCUAGGAAUCCAAGGCAUUGAUGUGCCAUGCUGUGAAUAGUGUUCGUGGCUGUAUGUGGAUUUAUGAGGAUGGGACAAUAGGAGAAUUGUUUGCAUAGAUUUCUUGCGCCUAUAGCUUAUAUAGAGUUAACGGAGUUUCCUGCCUAGCAAAGUACAAUCUUAAUUCUGAAAUUUAGGGUGCAAAUUGUCUCA